GAUAGCUUAUUCCCUUGGAAACGACGUCAUCCAAAAGGCUUUACACCCGAAGGCUCUACACCUAAAGACCCAAAAACUGAAGGCUCUACAUCUGAAGACCCAAAAACUGAAGGCUCUACACCUGAAGGCUCUACGCCUAAAGACCCAAAAACUGAAGGCUCUACACUUGAAGACCCAAAAACUGAAGGCUCUACAUCUGAAAGCUCUACAACUCAAGGCUCUACAGCUGAAGGCUCUAUGCCUAAAGAUACUACAAAAACAGAUCCUAAACUAAAGCAUCCCUAUGUUGUUCAUGCAGCAGUGAAUGCUGUCCUUAACAAAACUAGGGAGAGCAUUAAAGGAUGCACAAUAUAUGUAACACAUUUUCCUGAAAAUGACUGUGCUCAUGCAAUCAUAGAAGCUGAAAUAAGAGAAGUUGUUUAUCUUAAAUGGAAUAGUAGUAAUAGAGAAAAAGAUUAUGACAGAAUUAAGGAAUUGUUGGAUAAUAAUUCUGUUGAAUUAAGGGAAAUAAUGCGUGAAAAGAUAGAAGAGGAGAAUGAUCUCAAAGUUGUAACAGAACUAGAACAUAGAAUAGCUAACAAAAGUGAUGUUGAUGCUGACAAAGCAGCAAGGACAAUGGCAAUAUCAUGGGAACAGUUCUUCAUGGGGAUUGCAGAACUAUCAAAGACAAGACCAGGAGAAGACAAGAAUUCUAAAUGCAUAGUAGGAGCAUGCAUAGUGUCACCAAGCAAACAAGUAAUGGCAGUUGGAUACAGUGGAUACCCUGAAGAUAUGGAGAAGAUUGGUGAUAAAGCUUAUCAAGGAUACAAUGCAUCACAUGCUGAAUACAAAGCAAUUAUAAAGACCCCAUCAGUUAAAGGAUGUACGCUGUAUGUUACUAAAGAACCUUGUUGUGUUUGCGCUAAAAUGAUAGUACAAGCUGGAAUAAGCAAAGUGAUAUAUAAGGAUGAAGGGAAAGGAGAUAAAUACGCAGCUUCAAAAAUAACACUACCAACAUGUUUGAAAAUAAGACAAACACAAGUAGAAACUGUUUGGAACAGGCCCAAGAUUCCCAGGCACUCAGAGCCAAGCUGAGUCUCUAACAAAACUGGCAGCAUUCUAAAGGAAGGAGGGGGCUCAAAAAACAGCCUCCAUUUUUAGUAUUUUAUUUAAAAAACAUUGUUAGAGGUAUCUUCUUUUCCUCUCUUGGUCUGUUAGACAUUUUAGUUUUUGUAUAAUUGUAGAUGCACGCAUGUAGUUUUAGUUUAUUAAAGAAACUAACCUGUAUUUAACUUUAGCCA